CUCUCUGGAGGCAAGGGAGAUAAAACUUGUAUCUCCCUUAGCUUCAUUGCUAAUACUGAUGGAUCUGAUAUAAGGGGCCUAUUGUUUAUUAGGCAUGCUAGAAAACCACAAUGUUUUAAUAAGAAGAAGGGUUCAGUACUUGGAUUCAAAUAUUAUUAG